CUUUUAUAGCCGUCUUUAUGAACGUGGCAAAAAAGGCCAUGAAGGUCAGUCUCUUCACUAGAAUUUGAUGUAUUCAAAAUGUGUAACUUCUAUAUAAAUGACAAAAAGAAACGAAAAGAAAAUGGAUUGGAAAAAUUCAAAGACAAAGUAACACUUCUGACAAAAAUCAUGUCAGUAGCUGUAACACAGCCAAAAUGAUCAGCAAUUGGAAAAAAAAUGCCAAAAUGUACAAAAAUGCCCAAAGACGGCAUUAGGGUAAAGUUGUUUAACAGAUAUUUCAUUAUUUUCUAUCUGGCAACACUGUCUGAGACUGAGGCGUGAGGAGCAUAGGAAAAAUAAGAAAAUGACCAGCUUCAACACCGUUUAUCAGCAGUAGCCUGUAGUGUCCAGUGGGAGGCGCCAAACAGAAAACUGAAAAUAGAAAGUGAAAGUGAACUCGUCCUGAUAAGGUUUGUUUGAUACUGGACUGCGCUGGUGUUUUAAUGGAGGAUGAAGAUUUUUGUAUUGUGCCUUUUUCUCCAUUUCGGUAAGACCAUCUCCUCAGACCCGAUGAUGACCGGAAUCAACCUGUUUUACUGGACCCUGGUUCUGUUCUGCAUCAACGACAUGUCUCCAGGCGCAUCAGCUGAUGUUUCCCAUCAUGCAUCAGCUGAUGAUAUUUACGAGGGCGACACCUUCCUGCUGCCCUGUGAGUUUCACACCUUUGAUGUCGACCCGACUCCUUCGGUUUUGUGGAGCCGCUACGACCUCAGACCUUCAACUGUCCAUCGGCAUCAGAAAGAAGGCGACGCAUUUGAGGACCAGAACCAGCUUUACAGCGGCCGGACCUCGAUGAUGACGGACGCUCUGGAAACUGGAGACCUGAGUUUGACCCUGACACAGCUGAAGGUGUCUGACAGUGGAACCUACACCUGCUCCAUCACUAGUGUAAGAGGAGAACAUCGUGUUACAGACGUACAGCUGCAAGUCAAAGAGUGGUUUCCUUCCUGGGUCACAGCUCUCCUGGUCGUCAUCAGUGUUGUUCUAAUAGUUGUUGUGCCUGUUGUUAUACAUUUCUAUCAGUACAUCAUAUCAGUUUACCAUGUGGAUGUUGAAUCAGGGGUUCAGUCUGUCCAGCUACCCUGCAAAACCAUGCGUUACCUGACCAGAUUCAACAAGGUGGAGUGGUACCAAUACACCAACAUCGUCCACACGUACGAGGUUGACUCUGAGCCAACUGGACAUCAUCACAUACAAACAGAGAUGAAGGUGACUCCAAUGAGAUGGGGAAACUUCAGUCUGACCCUGAAAAACCCAACUGAAGACAACAGCGGAUCCUGGACCUGCAGUGUUUACAGGGACGGAGAAAUGCUGGAGAAAAAAGUGCAUCUCCAGGUCAAAGUGCCUAAAGUGAAAGUAGCUCCAGGACAGGAGUCUGUCCUUCUGCUGUUCAGGACCACAGUCCCCUCAGCUGUAGUGGUGUGGUCCAGAAAAAACGGGGACAAGUCUGACAAGGUCCAUGUGUUUCACAACGGUUCUGACCAACCUGAAGAUCAACCUGAAGAUCAGUUCUGGUUGUACCGUAGUCGAACAGAGAUGACACAAAAUGACUUCAGUCUGACCCUGAAACACCCCACCGACUUCGACAGUGAGACCUUCAUGUGCACCGUCUACGGCGAGGACGGAAACAUCCUGAGGAAGAAAGAAGUACGGCUUAAUGUCGAAGUCUGUAAAGUGAAGUUUGCGGAGGGAGAAGAGUCUGUCCUGCUGCCAUUCAGAACCACAGAGAACCUGCCUGACGAUGUUGUGGUGGAGUGGAGACGUGAAGAUCUCAACCACCCGGUCCACAUAUAUCUUGAUGGUUCUGAGCAACUCGAUCAACAGGACCCAGGUUACGAAGGCCGCACAGAGAUGAAGGCCGACCUGCUGACAAGUGGAGACUUCAGUCUGACCCUGAAGGAGCCAAAGGUUCAAGACGAGGGAACAUAUGUCUGUGAGGUCUUUAACACUAACAUCCGACGGAGGAAAACUGUGAAACUGCAGGUCAAAGGAGGAAGAGGACUACACAGGAGGACCAGGAGAGACUCAGCUGAUCCUACUCCUCUGCUCAACCUGGUCUGAGCAGAGAAGUAGGUUUGCAUUCAGUGACGAUCUUCCUCCUUCUGUUGGAUGUAGAUCUGUGAACUGCUUUUUUUAGCGCCUCAGACACCUAUGUCACUUUGUGGGGUGAUUUUGUGGGUGUGUUUGUUUACAUUAAUUCUAAAGACCACACCCCACCUAGUGUGUGUUAGAAAAAAUACAAAGAGACCAAACUGAUCUCCGUCUCCUCCUUGCUUCUCCACCGCUCCAACUGUAUCACUAAUAUCUUCCUGGCCUUGAAGUUGUGUUCUGGCCGACACCCAGGAUAGUGGCAGUGAGAUUAACAGGCCUGCGCCUAUGCAACCUUACUGCACAACUGUAUGUCAUACAGAAAUGCUCACGGACAAGAAAACAAAUAGUGAUCCCGCGUUGCUUAUAUGUAGAACUAGACCAAACGUAUGAAUGAGAAGCUGCUGGUUGCUUCGCACAACGUCGAAGUGACCAUGACUGUUUGUCACAUUUACGAUACAAAAGACGAGAAAAAUGUGUGAUCUGACAACACAGUAAACACGGACAGAAGAGGACAGCUGCUGGCACCAAUAUAGUAAAUGAAGACACUUUAUAAAACAACUAGAUUUAUCGUAACAUCAAGUCAAAGUGGUUCCAAGUUAACUUGGGUGCUGCUAUUCCAUGAGACAACUACAUGCAUGUUAGAUACAUUUAAUGCCUAACAAAGAAGAGACAUCAUCUAUGGUUUAGUGGUUCUGUAUGUGGAAUCAUGUUCUACUUUUGUUGAAGUGGUUGCGGGAUCGAA